ACACAAUUUGUGGUUUUCAAUUCAAAACAAACAACCAAAGAAUUCUGGCUAAAUCUUGCCCCACAAAAAUUCUUUGCUUUUAGCAUCUUUUUCCUACCAAUCAUUAUCAUCAUCAUCCAUUUGGAAACCAAGACAUGGCAACAACACUUGCCAUAGAGAAUGUAGAACAUGAAAAUUCCUCAAUGGUGAUGUAUUUUGAUGUGGGUUUUACAAAGUUUGUUCCUUUUUAUUGGUGAGUUCUUGAAACAGGAUUGAAAUUUUGAGCAUUCAUAUGGAUUGGCGUUUGAAAUAACAGCUCUGGUGUGUCUUUCUCAUCAUAUAUUCAAUGACCCUUUAAAAUGAUUUUUCAUCUUUUGUUAUAAGGGUUUAUAGGAGUUUAAUUAUUGGGGGUUUUCUUCAAGGGUGUUUGUUUCUUGUUCCGGGUGAAUGGGGUAGCUUAACUGGGUGAAUGGGGUAGCUUAACUGAUAUGUGUUAGUUGAGAUAAACUGGUGCGAGCUGUUGGUCCAGGUUCAAUCCUUGGUAGCGACAUUUCUUUGUAUUUGUGAAAAUUUGGAAGAAAUCUACACCUGAAAUUGAUAUGGGGUUGCCACAGGUAUCUUCAGCCUACAUUGCUGAGGAGGUGGCAACUUCAUUAGGCACAUUUGUGCAAACUGCGCCUAAGAUUGCUGGCGCAAGCAACUAUGACAUGAAUUCGAUUGCUGGAGGAGAAGAACUCGGCAAUACAAAUGUUUUUGAGCUUUCAAAAGAAUCAUCUAUUUCAAAUAUGAGUAAUAAGGAUGGUCAAUUCAAUGCUGAGCAAAGUAUGCAGACACCGAUUUCUAGGACUUUAGGUUUUCAAGUACGAGCAUUAGCUUCUAGUGUUAAUGGUUUUGGUGCAAAUGGAUAUUCGCCAAAUGAAGCUUCCAAGUCUAAUGUAAGAAAGCGAUUAUUGUCACCUUUGGAUGUGACGUUGCUUGCAGAUCAAUUUAAGGGUGAUCAUUGCAUGGAUAUUGGAGGUGAGUUUUAUCAAAGAAAGGCGUCAUCGCCCCGCAUCCCUUUAUCUCCUUUGGGUAAAAGAACUUGUCCGGAUAAAAAAUUGGGAGAAUGUAGAGAUUUCGGUACUGUCUUGAGCGAUGUCAAACUGUUUACUCCUGAUGAUAUCGUUGAUAUGAAUGAGUAUUGGACUUAUCCUGCUAGCUUUCCUCCUCGCCAUGCUAGUUUAUGUCAAUCCGCGAGUAGGCUGCCAACUAGAAGGUCUCUAGUCGGUUCGUUCGAGGAAUCACUAUUAUCCGGUCGUUUACUGUCUGAGAAAGUUAGUCAGAAAAUUGAAGGCUUUCUUGCUAUGCUGAAUGUAACCGGAGGAAAUUUCUCACCUCAAUCACGAAAGGUUCCGUUUGCAGUAACGAGUGUAGACGGAGACAAAUACCUACUUUAUUAUUCUUCAAUUAAUCUGUCAGGAAAGUCAUUAUCAAGCAAGUCUCGAGUAACUAAAUGCCAGAGAACCUUAAGCAUGGAUGAACCGCGAUAUGAAAAGAGACGCAUACGAAUACCAAUAAAAGGGCGUAUUCAACUGGUUCUCAGCAAUCCAGAGAGAACACCGAUUCACACCUUCUUCUGCAAUUAUGAUUUAAGUGACAUGCCAGCCGAUACAAAGACAUUUUUGCGGCAAAAGAUCACUUUAGCCUCGUCUAGAUCGAUGUCUAAGACUGGAAAAGAAAUUCAAACAGAUUCUGAUACCAAUGCUAAGUCCUCAAGCAGAUGCCUUGUUGAGCAAGACACAUUUCUUAAUGGUUCUACAAAGAUCAACAACAAUUCUAUUAACAAUUGUGUCCUACUUUAUGCCCUUCACCUUCGCUUUAUGUGCACCUUGCCUAAGAAACGUACGAGAUCUGUUCCUGCAUGCAAAUCGGACCCUCUUUCUUCAGAAGCAAGAAAACUUAUGGACAACGAAGACGAAAGAAGUUUCUACUUGUAUGAUGAUAUGAGAGUAGUAUUUCCUCAGCGCCACUCUGAUUCUGAUGAGGGCAAGUUGCAUGUGGAAUAUCAUUUCCCAUCUAAUCCAAAAUACUUUGACAUCAGCAGCUAAAAUGUCAACGAAUCUCUCUAUCAAUGGUUUUUGUACAUAUAAUUGUAAAUAUUGUAUGUAUAUAAUUCAUUUUUCUUUGAAAUUUUGGGGCCAAGUGCCUCUGUUUUAAUUUAUAAUUUGUACAUUACAUAGUUGUAGCGUAUGUUUGGAAUUGCGCUUGCAGCCAAAAUACCACGUCCCAAUGUUGUUUUAACGUCGAAAUUCAAAAGCUAGCAAUUGUGGUUUCUGCCAGACGUACGUUUUUUGGUUUUCAAAAGUUUAAGCAAACAUACGCGUAGUCCGAAUUCGAAUUCUAGUUAAAUCAAGUUUUGGUCAAAUUUUUCUUACUUGCUAUCUGAAUUUCUGGUUAAGAAGGUCCUCUUCCCU